AUGGAUGUCCCAACGAAACCAAGUGUCGGAUUAGAGUUUGAGAGUCUUGAACAAGUAUGGAAAUUUUGGUGUGAAUAUGGAAGGCUAACAGGAUUUGGAGUGAGGAAACAAUACUUUAACAAGCGAAAGAGAGAUGGUGUCAUUACGGGUUGCAGAUAUUUUGUUGAAAAGCAUAAUCACCCGUUACAAUUGCCAGAAACAACACACAUGCUUGAGGCAUCCAGAUUGCGACAAAAGGCGUCACUUCAACUAAUGAGCACACUUGUCGGACACCAAGCUAAUGUUGGGUAUACUCGCCUAGACGCAAAAAAUUACUUGAAGGCAAAGAGACAAAGGGAAAUGGUAUACGGAGAAGUCGGUUGUCGAAUGCAAUAUUUUCAGCAACAAUUACUAGACAACCCAUCUUUUUUUCAUGCGUACCAAAUGGAUGCAGAGGAGCAAAUCACAAAUGUUUUUUGGGCGGUUGCAAAGAUGCGGAAUCAUUUCAAUGGUUGUUCGAGACAUUCUUGGAAGCACACAACAACAAAAAAACCUCAAACUUUUUUUACAGACCAAGACCAAGCAAUGGCAAAGGCACUUGUCCAAGUAAUGCCUGAGACACGUCAUGCUUUAUGUACGUGGCACGUAAUACAAAAUGGAAUAAAGCAUUUGGGGAAUUUGAUGAAAGGAGGGAGUCAUUUAUUAAGAGAUUUGAAACGAUGCAUAUAUGACUUUGAGAAGGCUUGGAUAAGGUUGAUUACAGAAUACAAUGUUCAAGAACAUACUUGGAUUACUUCACUGUAUGCUAUAAAGGAGAAAUGGGCAUCAUGUUAUCUCAAGGAUUAUUUAACCCUUGGAAUGCAUAGCACUCAGUUAAGUGAAAGUUUAAAUUCUGACUUCAAGGCAUGUAUGAACCCUGGUGUUGACAUCAACUGUACUGGAAAAGGAAUCAACUCAGUCCCACCUAUAGGAAAAGGAAACCGAGUACCUAUUCGGCAUACUAGACCGGGUACCCCUCGUCAGGAUUAA